CACCCGCCGCGCCCCAUUUCCACGCUCCCCUUUCCCCAGCGGGCAGUGGCCGCACCCGCGCCCUCUUCGCCUCCCGUCUCCCCUCCCACGCGAUUCCAUUUCGUUUGAAUUCCGUGCGUGAAAUUACGGAAGUGCCCCCCCCCCCCGCAACGGCGGGCCCCACGCCCCACGCCUUCCUUCCUCUCUUUCUCCGGCUCAACCGCUUCCUUUUAUCUCGUCUACUAUUUUCGUGUCCCACCACCACCACCAGUCGCCGUCGGGCGAUUCCGUCUCUGGCUUGGGGCUUGGGCGAGCAGGCGCAUCCGGGCCGUCGAGCUGUCGAUCCACGCGGCGAUGCAGGCGCCACGUGGCGGUGGCUUCCUCGGGAAGCGCAAGGAGCGCGACUACUACUACCCCUACCCCUCGGUGUCAUCGCCGUCGCAGCAGGCGGUGCUGCUCCAGCGGCAACCGCCGCCGCCGCCGCUCGCUAGGCCCGAUCCGCGUGGCGUCAAGCCGGACCGCCCGGCGGUGAGGUUUGGCGCCAAGCCGCCGCUCCCUCAUCAGCCGGGGGCCCAGGUCGGCGGCAACAAGCUGCUGGCCGGGUACCUGGCGCACGAGUUCCUGCGGUGCGGCACGCUCCUCGGCGAGCGGAGGCUCGAGCCGCCCCGCCUGAAGGAGAAGGACCCCGCCCCCGCCCCCGCGCCCGAGCCGAGCAGGCGCUACGCGGAGGUUUCGCGGCUGCUUAUGGCGGGCGGGGCCCGCAUCCCCGGCGUCGUCAACCCGUCGCAGCUCGGACACUGGCUCCAGAUCAAGGAGUGACCGGGUGGCCAUGCCGCUGGAGGUCGGGUGCACGCGACGGCAUGGCCGCAUUGCCUACUGCUUCGCCUCGGCGGCGACCGACGAUCAGAGGAACCGUUGCUUUUGAACAUAGCAGGCGGGAUGCGGGCAAUUGACUCCUCCUUCGUCCGCGAAUGGCCUUUUGCUUGCACACAUGACACAUCCCUCAUCUCGAUCGGUGUUCGUUGAGCUAUAAAUACGAUACGAAGUCCUCUUGGGUCCCGCUUUGGAUCAACUGAAGUUUUCUAAAAGCUGUAAUAGAUGGAGGAAGCCGGCUGAUAGUUUUGCAUGUUCGGGUGUUUGAAUAGUUCAAUUCAAAACAGGCUAUAGGCUAGACUAUAAAUCGGGUUAUUUGUACCUACUAGAGCUGUUGUUAGUAGCUAGCCAAUUCAAACAGGGUCUUGGUAUUUUUCAUCUAUCACUAGUACCAUUUCUGGUAGUUUAAUCUUUAAUGGUGACUUUGGUCCCAAAAAACAAGAUUUCUGGUAGCAGUUGAUGGUCCAGUCUUGAGUCUUCUCUGUUCUCAUUCUUCUUGUUCCACUAACGAGAGAGUCUGUGUUCUCGUCCUUAUAAAGCUGCAAAUAAUUCUGUUCAAUGGUCCGCUCUGUGCUUUGACAAUGCCGCAGCAGCCACGGAGUUAAACUAUGCGUAGUCAACCGAAGGAAACUUCCGUGUUUUAAUUUAUAUUUACACUACAAUCAGGUCUAAAAAUUGAAAGUCUCUGCAUGUUUUCAGAUUACGGGUUUAUUAUACAAUUAAGCAAAUCUCUUCAGCGGUUCAGAAACAGAUGAUGGCCUUGAAGCUAGCAUCGCCCGAGUAGCACAAUCUCUGCUUUUACCAAAAGCUCUUCACCUGGGACGCAAGCAAAGCAAUGCAUCUACUCGGCUUUUGGCCGGUGCCAUUGCCACCCUAGUGACUCAAAGUCUUCUUUUGCGUCGAGGCAAGCUUACGCGGCAAGGUCACCGGGCCGCACAGAGGAGGCCCACGUUGCUUGCACAUGAAGGACUACAGGAGUGGUAACGGCCAUGGCCUCGCCGCUCGGCUCUUGUCCGACAGCGACGUUAGGGGCCGAUAGAGCACAGCAGCAGGAGGAGGACGCGUAGGCCUACGGGAAAGCAAGCGCAAUCGUAGAAUGGGCGGAGCAAGAUGCAAGCCACGGCGGUGUGAAAUAGCCAUGCCUCCUCUUUUCUGCUUUUUACAAGUGGGAAGCCAAGGCCUACAACACAAAGGAUGAUGUUGAUAAACGCGGGACAGUGGCCUGUACCUUAACUACCAGCACACGAAAGAGCUGUGAAAUUUUU